AUGCAAACGAACGUGUUCAUCUCUGGAACCUCCCGCUACGUGGCCAACUUCAUGCACCGAACAGGUCUCCUCCAGCAAUUUCAACACGUUGGGAUCGAGGAGGACGACGACGACGACGACGAACCGACAGGCCUGGCGGCAAUGGAGCUAGGUGUGGAAGACGAUGGCGAGAACUCAGCCAGAGUCGAUAAACACGCCAAACAACUGGCCACGAUAACACGACCAUCAAUUGAAACUGAAACAGGGGAGGGAGCAGGGAGAUCAGGGAGAGAGAGAGAGGGAGAGAGAAAAUGA